AUGACUAAGCCUGGGUCUCAUGGUCCUAAGCACUGUCACAUGUCACUUGGGCCUAACAAGCUCAAUGAUUUAUUGGAAUGGCUGCAUGAUAUCAGGUGGCAAGAUAUCCAGCAAUCAAGGCAGAAUGGACUACAAGAUCCACCAGCUCUCAAUUCAGUGCUCUGGAAGAUCAUCCUCAUGGAGGUGGAGGUGCCUCACACCAAGAUCUAUAUGCAACAGUUUCUGAGAAUGCAGUGGUAUCUGGAUGCCAGUGUGGCUAUUGCCAGAUUCAAGGCCAUACUUGUCCUAACUGCCCUAAUAAUGUAUCAGUAUGGUAAUCCUGUCAGAGAAAUUCCACGAUCCCAUCAUUUCAUCACACAUGCCAACGUUCUGGGAAAGCCGCCAUACCGGAGCUCCUCGCCGGGGAGGAGCGGGGCUCCUGAAUAG